AUGGAGUUCUCCAAUGGGACCACUUCUCAGGAGUUCAUCUUCUCUGCCUUCCCUGCCUCCUGGGGAGAAUCUGUCGUCUGCUUCAUCCCACUGCUCUUCAUCUACACUUUCAUUCUUAUCGGAAACCUGGUCAUCAUCACAGCGGUCCAGCUGAACGCUCACCUCCACACUCCCAUGUAUUUCUUUAUCAGCGCCCUUGCUUUCCUGGAGAUUUGGUACACCACAGCCACCAUCCCGAAGAUGCUCUCCAGCCUGCUUAGCGAACGAAGGAGGAUCACUUUAGAUGGCUGCGUCCUGCAGAUGUAUUUCUUCCACUCCACAGGCAUCAGUGAGGUUUGUCUUUUGACAGCCAUGGCCUUUGACCGCUACCUGGCCAUCUGCAGCCCUCUCCGUUACCCCACGAUCAUGACCCCCAAGCUAUGCGCCCAGCUGACUCUAGGAUGCUGUGCUUGUGGUUUCAUCACCCCUCUCCCGGAGGUCGCCUGGAUCUCCACGCUGCCGUUCUGUGGCUCCAACCACCUGGAGCACAUCUUCUGUGACUUCCUCCCAGUGCUGCGCCUGGCCUGCACCGACACGCGCACCAUCGUCAUGAUUCAGGUGGUGGACAUCGUCCAUGCAGUGGAGAUUAUGACGGCCGUGGUGCUCAUCUGCAUGUCCUACGUUGGUAUCGUGGCCGUGGUUCUCCGCAUCCGGUCAGCCGAAGGCCGACGCAAGGCCUUCUCCACCUGCGUCUCCCACCUCACCGUGUUCUUGCUCUUCUUCGGCAGCGUGGCGCUCAUGUACCUUCGCUUUUCUGCCACCUACUCCUUGUUCUGGGAUACGGCCAUUGCCCUGGCCUUCGCAGUGUUGUCCCCCUUCUUCAAUCCAAUCAUCUAUAGCCUGAGGAAUAAGGAGAUAAAAGAGGCUAUAAAAAAGCACAUGGGUCAAGCCAAGAUCUUUCUUCAUAAGACCAGGGGCUUCUAG